AUGGCGGCAUCAACACUCACGAGUAGUUCCUACUACGACCGCCGCGUCGUCGGCCGGGUUCACAGCUACCAAUGGCCCGGCAUCCAGCUGAACCUCUGGAUCCUCAUCAUGCUCGUCGCGUCGUGCCUCAUCAUCGGCGUCUUUGCGUCCUUUAUCGAGAUCCAGAACCAGCUGCUCCUGCCGAUACCAUGGUACUUCCCCUACUACAUCACCGUCGCGUCGCUCGUCAUCAUCUUCAUCGGCCUGCUGCUCUAUCUCGUCUACCAGCGCCGCCUGCUGCCCGCCAUCGUGAUGAUUGGCGCGUUCAUCCUGUUCGUGCUGUGGUUUGUCGGCCUCGUGGUCGUGAGCAUCCAGCUCUGGGGGCCAGACGGGUCGGUCUCGAGUACGUGCAACCUUGCCGUGUUCAAUCGCAACCCGACAGGCCAGAGCCUGGAUACCCUUGCGUGGCUGCAGCAGAGGAGUAUAUUGUAG